AUGCUCAAGAAUGUUGGAUGCGGUGUAAUUCACACUAGGCUUUUCAUAUUUAAAAGAUAUCAAUCGAACAGGAGCAGUGCAACAGCCAAAAAUCACAAGCGGAAGCCUAGUACAAGGAAUGUGUCUGAAAAAGGGCCAGAGAAUCUUCAGAGAAACAAGCUCGAAGCCAAUGGCAAAGGCUAUUUUGUGCCGCGAGUCCCAUCUACUGAUUAUAUACCGAGCAAAGAUGUGCAGACGGAGGGAUUAUUCGCGGGCUAUAGGCCAUUGUUCUUGGGAAACUCAUCGAUCCGUGCGGAAACAAGUGUAAAUGCUCUGGAUAACUUUUUCACUUCGUUUGCCAGCGUCAAAAUUACCAGUGACUCCAAAUCCUCCGGCGAAAUAGAUAUGCAGGACGUUCUAGAGGAUUUGCGAAGAGAUCAUGCUCAGAUGAAUUUGAAAAAUAGUAAGGGCAAAAAUCGCAAGCCGAUAAUACCAUGGGACGCCUCGAUAAGUGGGUUGGUGUACAAUGACCGUCCUUUCAGGGAUGUACCCAAGGACGUUGUCUCUAAACUCAAGCCAUUCAAGAUGGUUAGGUUGGAGAGGAUUAACGAAUCGAACAAACGGAUUGCUCCGGCCCCCAAGAUGAUUAGAUUGAAAUUUCAUAAUUCAAACGUCAGUGACGAACCUGAAAUGGUCAACCUGCUUAAUGUCCUCAAGAGUCGGAAAUACUCUCAUUCCAGCAAUGCUGUGGUCAGUGAGGCGGAUCAUAAUCUGUUCAUGCGGUCACGGUCGAACUACGAGAAAGAGCUCAAGACUCUUGCUUUCAAACAUAAGUUUAUCAAGAGUGAUCGGAAAGUAUUCAAAAGCGAAAGUGACAAACUUAACAGGAUGUUGGCAAAGGAAUUCUACAGGCAAACUAAACUUUCCAUCAGAACUGAGUUCAGUGACAGUGUGUUGCCGCUAUAUAUAUACGUGAACAAAUCAUUCUUAUCCAAACGCUUAUUCCGCUCGUUCCUAAGAAAAUGGCUGAUGGAGCACGUUGAACCUGUGCUAUCGACGAUUCUGGCGUCUUAUGAUAAUGAAGAGCGAGCCAAAAGGUUCCACGCCAAAGUCAAAUUAAAGAUCGAGAACAUGGUCCACGAAGUUUCCAAGCAUAUACCCUCCGUAUAUUUUACCGGCGACUCUGUGGACUGUGUGGUACAGUCAAGCCCAGUGCCAGGGUUCAAAAGGAUGCAUUGGCUUAAGCCUACGAAAAGAAACACAUUAUUCUGGGGUAAAAACGCUGAUAAGGACUAUCUUUUUACUCUGGACGGGAGUUAUAACAUCACGAGAAGCGGCGUAAAGUAUAUGAGAUAUCCCAAUAACCUAACUUGGCGCACCUUUGACGAUGCCUUCUCAGAAUGGGAUUAUCAUGCAUAA